AUGGGCAAUGAAAACUCUCUUCCCGAGCUGUGCUCUACUUUUGAUCUUGAAGAAAUUAAGCGCUUAGGAAAGAGGUUCAAGAAGCUGGAUUUGGACGGAUCUGGCUCUUUAAGCGUGGAUGAAUUCAUGAGCUUGCCUGAAUUACAACAAAACCCGCUAGUACAAAGAGUCAUUGAGAUAUUUGAUUCGGAUGGUAAUGGUGAAGUUGAUUUUAAGGAAUUUAUCGAUGGAAUGUCUCAGUUCAGCGUUAAAGGCGCUAAGGAUGCCAAGCUCCGAUUUGCCUUUAAAAUAUAUGACAUUGAUAAAGAUGGCUUCAUCAGUAAUGGUGAGCUCUUCCAGGUGAGUCUGAUAAAUGCCUCAUUUAUUGCUUAUAAAUUCUAUACUUUUACUCGUGACAAUUAA